AAGAACAGCCAACCUCUACGUGAACGAAAAAAAUUUUUUUUAAAAAUCUAGACAAUAUCAUUUAAUUCGAAAAAAGUUUUUUCAAGAAAUUCCCAGGAAAGACGAUGUGCAGAGUUCUUCCUUUUGUGUUUUAUUUCUGCUUUUUUGGACCAAGUACAUUUUGCCAGUACAGACCAGCUUUACAAUCCGAAGACCUGAUAUGCCGGUACCGGGUGCACUAUCCGAAGACUACCUGGCACACAGCGCAUAACGUUUGUUCAGGGGACAAUAUGACUCUAGCUAGACUGUCCAACCAAACUGAAGUGCAGCUUAUAGAUGAUCUGUAUUGGCAUGUCCUAAAAAUAAUCAACGAACUUGAUAUUAAAGGAGAUUUACAAGAUGUGUGGAUCGACGGAUUUAUGUGGUCCUCCUUCAACAAAACCAUGACCCAAAACUGUCAAUCUCUAGAUACUGAAUUACCGAUCACAUUGAAGAAGAAUGCAUAUUCUGAUUUUUUGUGUGUGUAUUACAACUUCACUGACAAACAACUCUAUACAGAUGAUUGUGAUGAGAAUAGACCUUUCCUUUGUGAAAGUUUAACUGACGAUCUAAACGACUGUUUUGCACUUACUGAAAUUGGUUCUCUAAAAAAUACCCAAAUGAUUGGAAUUUGUCAAUUGAGAUCUCAUUCAACUAUUGAAAAUUGCAAAACUUCCUGCUUGCGUGAUUCGAGGUGUUUUGGUGUCGAACACAAUGUAUAUGUAUCUACUUGCAUGGAAUAUAUCUAUAGAACACCAACAUCCAGAUGUUAUUUCUCAAGGGGAGCAACCCAUUUUUCGCACAAAGCUAUCUUUAUUUACCAUGCAGUUCCAUAUAUGCCGGUUGCUCCAAAACCAUUUUAUGAGUGGUGUCAAGACAUUUUUGGGCCCUAUGUCUGGAAAACAGUGCCUCGUCUGCUGGAUGGGGGGAUAGCGGAAGACCCCUCUCAGUCUUUUACCGAACACACGGCUUCCUUGUGUGCAAUGAAAUGCCAGCUGAGGCAAUUAUGCCAACUUUUCCAAUGCAAUACCCUAACAGCGGAAUGUGAUUUGUACGAUGGAAUUGGCUUCAGAAGAAUCUCAAACGUGACUGGAAACCAAUUCUUUCAGAAGAUGCCAACCAGUUGUGAGACCGGUCGAGACGAAUGGUUCCCAGAGUAUCAAAAUUGUAUUUGGAUACCAAUGUACGCUUAUCCAUAUGAAGAGGCAAAAAACAAAUGUGAGGCUGUUGGGAAAGUCAUGAUGGGAACCGAAAAUUACCAAAAGGUUAUGCACCUAAUGAAUGUCACCAACGCAAAAAGUACUCACGUAUAUUCCCGACACCUUGGAAACAACACAUACCAGUGGAUUGAUGGAACCAUGAUCCCUGCCUCACAAUGGUGCCCUGGUCAGCCAGCAGAAAACACCGGCUGUUUAGGAGUUCAAAACGACCUAGAUAGCGCGUGCCCACAAGGUGGACUAUACGAAAUCCCCUGCUCCUUCUCUAAUCGUUUCUUCUGUGUGGAGAAGAACAAGAAUACUGUAAGAAGAUGGGUGGAUAAGGCGUGAAAAAUGCCCAUACGCGAUCGGACAGGCUACUGAAAAAUUAAAGUAUCAAUAAAUCUAAUGGGUUUUUUAAAUCAUUUAAAACAAUAUAUAUUUAACGAAUCAUUGAUUUUUAACCUAUAGGUAUGUUCAAUACUUGGAAUAUGUUGACUCAAACAGGCGUAUACGUAUCAAAACCUGCAAAUACUGUCAUUUUUUAGAACUAUAAGGCAUUUUCUUUUAUAGAGUGGGUCUGUGCUCCAUAUUUUUCUCAUAGUCUAAUUAAGGUCUAUUGGAAAACAAACCGAUUUCAAUCAACAAAAACGUGGAGAGAUGACCCACUAUACAUUAAAAAUAUCAUUUUGUAUUCCAACAACUGAACGUUUUGAAAAAAUAAUACAAGUCCGAUAGUUCGUGACCUUAGUCACACACAAUAUUUAAAAAGCCCACUUUGUUGUGUCUGAAAUGGCUCAGUGGUUAGAGUACCUGGCAUAAGCUAACCUUAUGUAUUUAGGGUUUUUAUGUUACGGGUUCGAUACUACCAAUAUUUCCGACAAUAUUUUUUUUCUUAUUUAUUGUUAAUUAUAUAAAAAACUGACUAUAGUUAGAAAUUUUGCUUUUGCAAAGUUGUAUUAUAAUAUAUUUGAAUAGAUUUAAUUGGGGAAAAAUAAAUUUAAAAUUGUAUUUCACUACUAAACCGAAUGGGCAUUUGCGCCAUCUUAUUCCCCCAUCUUCUUUUCUAAUUCUACACAAGUAAUUAAAAUCCGGGUAAAAUAUCAAGCUUCGCGAUUUAAAAGCUCGUUUAUUUAAUUUUUUCCGGCUGUUAAAUAGAUAAAGUUCGGCGCUCGUAUAUUUGCGUAUAUAUUUACAUUUUCCAUUGUCUUUGCCUGUUAUAACACUACGUAUCGAUUUUAUACUAUAUAACCCAUAACCUCAAAUGAUGUAAAAUUGUGGCGCCAACGGGGUUUGCUUAUUUAUAUUUAAGUAUUUAAUCGUACAAUGGCUUAAAAUGAUUUAAAUGUAAGUAAUAAGGAAUCAUUCUUUGAAUAUUAUAAGGUGAUAAUUUCGGUCCAGGCGUGAACAAAUCUAUUAUAAAGCCCUUCGGGCUUUAUUGGAUUAAUAUUUGAUCACGCCCUGACCGAAAUUAUCACCUCAUAAUACUCAAAGAAUGAAUCCUUCUUCCUUAAGUCAGUACCUGCUAAGAAUAAAGAAUUUACAGAAUACAAAAGAUUCCUGAAAUCGAAAGAAAAAAACACCUUAUGAUAAUAAAUCAAAUUAUUGUGAAUAUUCAUAUCCAUACUUCUAUUUAGAAAAAUAUGUACUUGAUUUUUUGUGCUUUAAUAUUGGUAAAUUGAGAUAUAAUUUACUUUUGUUUAAUAAAGUAUAAACAUCUUCCUUGACUAAAUAUUAAUUAAUUCUCGUCAAAUAUAACUCAAGAAAGUUCUAAAUAGAAACUUCAAUAAUCAUACUUUAUAAUCUCCUUGGUUGUUUGCUUCCGCUAGAUGCUAAGUAAAGGGAGUGAAUCUACUUUUAAUAUUUUAAUAUGAGGUGUGA